CGUUUACCAGGCGAGUUCCCGUCCAUUACGUCACAGCUAGAUAUCAUCGAAACGAUUCAAAGCACAUGUUGCACAUCACAUUGUAAUAAGUGUGCUUUCCUGCUGCGCUGCUAUUUUGUCUGUCUAUAGUUUUAGAAAUGGAUGUUAUCGCUGAAAAUGUUUCUGUGGUUUUACAAAGAGGAAAAGUGUUGAAAGCGAUUAAACUAGAACGCGGCAAAAAGAUUGUAUUUGAAAAGCUGCAUUUCAAACCAGAUAACGCCAUUGGACAAUCAUACAAUUCGUGGUUUCAAGUAUCUUCAAAUCAACUUGAGAAGGUUGAAGAUGUUAUAACUCGCGGCAAACCAGAACAAGCUGCUUCAGGAGACAAUGGUUCAGCGGAAAAGCCAAACUCAGCACAAGAUAACAGAUUGCUAGAAGACACUCACGGAAAGUCUCAGUCACUCAAACGAGAAGAGAUUGUUGGCAUGAAAUCAAGUGGAGCAAAAGGAGAAGAAAUAAUAGAGGAAAUUGUUAAAAACAGUGCGACUUUCUCCAGCAAGACAAUUUAUUCACAGAAAAAAUACUUACAAAAGAAGAAAUUAAAACAUUCAACAAAUAUCAGGAUAUUGAAGCCAUCAGCACGACUUAUCUGCAAAAUGUAUGAAAGCAGGGAACCAGCUAAAAUUUGUCACAUGAGGAUUGACACUGUAUCGCAAAUCAUUAAUUUGGCAAAUAUACACUCAGGCUCAAAAGCUAUCGUAAUCGAAACAUGUUCCGGUCUAAUUCUGAGUCUCGUCAUGCAACGCUUAGCAGGAAAAGGUUGCGUGGUGAAUCUACAUACUGGUGAAACUCCGACAAAUUUUCAUGCUAUAACACACAUGAACUAUGACGACUCAUAUUGGGCAACAUUGAAUUCGCUCCCUUUGAAUAAAGUUGGCCCGUUGCUGGCAGGAAAAGAUUUCAAAGAUGUUAUUGGAGAUAUAGAUCAACUUGAAAAGGAGAAGACUGCAAGUUAUAGCAUCAAAGAAACAGAAAAAGAUGGUAAAAUGUCAUCAUCCAUUGAAGGUAGCAAAACUUCUGAUGAAGAUCCGAACAAAAUGAAUGGUUCCGAAGAUACAGUUGUGAUAUUACCUGAUAACGAUACUGAAUCAACUGGUAAACAGCAGAAAAGAGAACUCACAGAAAUAGAGAAAUGCCAGAUUCGAUUAGAAAGAAAAUAUAAGAGAUUAAAACAUCAACUUUCUGCCUGGAAUGCGUUGAAGACUAAAAGCAUGGAUGCAGCAAUCUUAGCAUGCAAAUUUCAUCCAACGCCAGUGUUACUGACAAUAUUGGAAUUUUUGGCUCCUUCAAGACCGUUUGUAGUACAUUGUGAAAAUAGGGAACCACUUAUGGAGCUUUUCGUUCAAUUAUCUGUAUCGUCAAAAGCAGUGAAUCUGAAGAUAACAGAUACUUUUAUGAGACAUUUUCAGGUUUUGCCUGAGCAGACACAUCCCCAUGUAAUGAUGAGUUCCACUGGAGGUUAUUUAUUAACUGGUACCACUGUCAAAACGUCCAAUUCCAAGAAACAAUCUAUUCCAUUAACAGAGAAAACUGAUUCAGUUCCUGCUAAAAAAGCGAAAAUCACUUAAAUGUUUUGAUUAUAUUGCUACGAUUAAUAAAUUUCGAAGACUUAUUUUUGUAACAUGUAAGCAUGUUAUCAAUCUCUUCCAAUCA